AUGAUUAAAGCUUACUGUGCGCGCAAUCCAUCGAGAAUUUUGGGUAAAUCAUUACGUAUAGGAAGUGAAGAUACUUAUAUUCAAGUUCUUUAUAAGCAAUAUAGAUUGACGUUACUGUGCUGUGAAAUAUUAGAUGGAAAAGAGCACCAAAAGAACAAACCUAUCUGUUAUAAAGGGACCGAUGUUGUACUUAUUUGUUUCUCUCUAGCGUCACUAAAGUCGUUCAUUCAUGUUAUCAAUAAAUGGUAUCCUGAAACCAAUCAAUAUUGCCCAAAUGGAACUAAAUUUGUAGUAGCUACUAUGUCGGAUCUACGUCGCAACGAUCAAAUUAAACAUUACAGCAAUAUCGAUAAUGAUAUCAUAACCAGAGAAUUAGGCGAUAAUUUAACUCGUUAUUUUAACGCUGAUGGUUAUUUUGAAUGUUCGUCGGUAUCUGGAGAAGGUUUGAAUGAUCUAUUUCAUCAGCUUAUUGACUUUGUCCUACAGAAAAGAGAGCAAAAACGUCAUGGAAAACUUUGUACUAUAUUGUAA